AUGGAUGUAGCCGAUACAUAUGCAACACAGAGUCAAGUUAAAGACGAAGUUGGAGUUCGUUGCCAAAAAUUGUUUCAAGAUUUUUUGGAGGAUUUUAAAGAAGACAAUGAAUUAAAAUAUGAAAAACAAGCUAAAGAGCUUCUUAAACCUGAACUAAGCACAUUAGAAGUAAGCUUUGAUGAUGUUGAAAAGUAUAACCAGAACCUUGCCACUACAAUUAUCGAGGAGUAUUACAGAAUUUAUCCCUUUUUAAAUCAGGCUAUUUUGAAUUAUGUUUUAAGUUUAGCAGAAACUGGUAUCAAGAAGGAAUUGCAACAUAAAGAAUGCUAUGUGUCAUUUGUUGAUGUUCCAACACGGCAUAGGGUAAGGGAGUUGACUACAACUAAAAUAGGAACUCUCAUAAGAAUAUCGGGGCAAAUUGUGAGAACUCACCCUGUUCACCCUGAAUUGGUUAUGGGUACCUUUGUAUGCUUAGAUUGCCAGACUGUUAUUAAAAAUGUUGAACAACAAUUUAAGUAUACAAUACCAACAAUAUGUCGUAAUCCAGUGUGUGCAAAUCGUCGACGAUUCAUGUUGGAUGCAGACAAAUCAGUAUUUGUAGACUUUCAAAAAAUAAGAAUACAAGAAACACAAGCAGAGUUACCUCGAGGAUGUAUUCCUCGUUCACUUGAAGUUAUUCUCAGAGCAGAAGCUGUAGAAUCUGUACAGGCUGGUGACAGAUAUGAUUUUACGGGCACACUCAUUGUUGUUCCCGAUGUGGGUUCUUUGUCAAUGCCUGGUGCUAAAGCUGAACUGACUACUCGGACCAAGUUGGCAAAUGAAGGGCAAAUGGAAGGUAUUAAAGGAUUGCAGGCAUUGGGAGUUCGUGAAUUACACUACAAGACUGCAUUUCUCGCAUGCAGUGUACAAGCUACUGCUCGUAGGUUUGGAACUGCUGAUUUAGCUGCUGAUGAUCUGACCACUGAAGAUAUGAGGAAACAGAUGACAGACAAGGAGUGGGAUAAGGUGUAUGAGAUGUCAAGAGAUCGUAAUCUAUACAACAAUUUGAUUGCAAGUCUAUUCCCGAGUAUUCAUGGCAAUAGUGAAGUAAAGCGAGGUGUCUUACUGAUGCUGUUUGGUGGUGUUGCUAAGACUACAAUAGAAGGAACUACCCUCCGAGGCGAUAUAAACGUGUGCAUAGUAGGCGAUCCAAGUACUGCCAAGUCUCAGUUAUUAAAGCAAGUGAGCGAGAUCGCACCUAGGGCUGUCUAUACAAGUGGAAAGGCUUCAUCGGCUGCUGGUCUUACUGCGGCUGUCGUUAAGGAUGAAGAAUCAUUUGACUUCGUAAUCGAAGCCGGGGCACUGAUGUUAGCGGAUAACGGCGUGUGCUGCAUUGACGAGUUCGACAAGAUGGACCCUGGAGACCAGGUCGCCAUCCACGAAGCCAUGGAACAGCAGACCAUCUCUAUUGCUAAGGCAGGUGUACGGGCAACCCUAAACGCCCGUACGUCAAUCCUGGCGGCUGCCAACCCUAUUGGAGGACGAUACGACCGCGCUAAGAGCUUGCAACAAAAUGUCGCCCUCAGCGCACCUAUUAUGUCCCGAUUUGACCUCUUCUUUAUACUUAUUGAUGAGACCAGCGAAAUGGUAGACUACGCGAUAGCAAGGCGCAUUGUCGAUCUUCACUGUAACAAAGAAGAAACAUAUGAUUGUGUCUACUCCAGAGAAGAUUUACUGCGAUACAUAGCUUUCGCAAGAUCCUUCAAACCUAUGAUUACUGAGGAAGCUGGCAAAAUCCUCGUGGAGUACUACACAGUACUCCGGUCGCGUGACGGCGGGGCUGGAUCCUGGCGAAUCACAGUUCGGCAGCUGGAGUCAAUGAUUCGUUUAGCAGAGGCUUUGGCUAAGAUGCACUGUAGCGGACAAGUUGGCACUCAUCACGUACACGAGGCUUAUAGAUUGCUAAACAAGUCAAUAAUACGUGUGGAGCAGCCUGACAUACAUUUAGACGAAGAGGACCCGCAGUAUGAGCCCAGUAUGGACGUGGACAAUGAUACACCUGCCACAAUAGCGAGUGAGACGGUGAACGGCGACUCGGCGCCAAAGAAAAAACUAACUUUGUCAUUCGAGGAAUACAAGUCAUUGAGUAACAUGAUCGUUGUUUUCAUGAGGAAGGAGGAAGGCGAAGCUGAAAAUAGAGGCGAAGAAAGCGCUGGCGUGCACAAGAGCGCAGUGGUUAGCUGGUAUUUGGAGCAGUUAGUCGGGCGAGGGCAGAUCGAGACUGAAGACGAACUCGUAGACAAGAAGGCGCUGGUCGAAAAGGUUAUCGACCGGCUUAUGUACCAUGACCAAGUGAUAAUCCCUCUGUCAACCACUGGCCUGAAAACGACUCAAAGAUCUGAACAGGAGGUCGAAGAUGAUCCGUUAUUAGUUGUACACCCUAACUACGUUGUUGAUACCUGA